AUGUCACAAGAAAAAGCAGAUAUUGCUCUUAUUGGACUUGCAGUCAUGGGACAGAAUCUCAUCCUAAAUAUGAACGACCAUGGAUUUAUAGUAUGUGCCUUCAACAGAACUGUAUCAAAAGUGACCCACUUUCUUGAAAAUGAAGCUAAAGGAACAAAAGUGAUUGGUGCCACUUCUCUGGAAGACAUGGUAUCCAAGUUGAAAAAACCACGUCGGGUGAUGCUGCUGGUCAAAGCUGGUCAAGCAGUGGAUGAUUUUAUUAAUAAAUUGGUUCCACUGCUUGAAAAGGGUGAUAUCAUCAUUGAUGGUGGUAAUUCUGAGUACCAAGAUACAACACGUCGCUGUAAAGAACUUGAAAGUAAAGGAUUUCUCUAUAUUGGAACCGGAGUCAGUGGUGGUGAAGAUGGUGCUCGUUAUGGACCUUCAAUGAUGCCUGGAGGAUCUGAUGCUGCUUGGCCCUAUGUAAGGAACAUAUUCCAAGCAAUUUGUGCUAAAAGUGGUGAUGAACCCUGCUGCGACUGGGUUGGUCAGGAAGGAGCUGGUCAUUUUGUAAAAAUGGUGCAUAAUGGAAUUGAAUAUGGAGACAUGCAGUUGAUCUGUGAAGCUUAUCACAUUAUGAAGGAUGUGCUACAUUUAACACCUACAGAAAUGGCACAGGUAUUUGAUGAUUGGAACAAAGAAGAACUGGAAUCUUAUUUGAUUGAAAUCACCAGAGAUAUCUUGCGUUACAAAGAUAAAAGUGAUGAGUUCUUAUUAGAGAAAAUUAAAGAUACUGCUGGCCAGAAAGGAACAGGAAAAUGGACAGCCAUAGCAGCUUUACAAUAUGGAACUCCAGUCACUUUAAUUGGUGAAGCUGUCUUUGCUCGUUGUCUAUCAGCUCUUCAAUCUGAAAGAAUUGAAGCCAGUAAACAUAUUAAAGGUCCUGAAAUUCCAAAAUUUACUGGGGAUCAAAAACAGUUCAUCAAGGACAUCAAACUAGCUUUGUAUGCUUCAAAGAUUGUAUCAUAUGCUCAGGGAUUCAUGUUGAUGAGGGAAGCAGCCAAAGAACUUGGAUGGAAGUUGAACUAUGGCUCCAUUGCACUAAUGUGGAGAGGAGGAUGCAUCAUUCGCAGUGUCUUCCUUGGAAAUAUCAAAGAUGCCUUCAAGAAAAACCCAGAAUUAAGUAACUUGUUGCUUGAUGAUUUUUUUAAAGGUGCCAUUUCAAAGUGUCAGGAGUCAUGGCGCCGUGUUGUAGGCACUGCAGUAUCCUCUGGUAUUCCAACACCAGCUUUCAGUUCAGCAUUGGCAUUUUUUGAUGGUUAUCGCUCAAAACGUCUUCCUGCUAAUUUACUUCAGGCUCAGAGAGAUUAUUUCGGGGCACACACAUAUGAGCUUCUUUCUAACCCUGGAAAUUUUGUACACACAAACUGGACUGGCCAUGGGGGACAAGUUUCCUCAACUACUUACCAAGCUUAG